AGCCACUCACACCCACAGGGACACAGGAUGCCGCUAAAGGGCUCCACUGAGAUCAGCCUGCUGUCCUACUCCGUGUCGGUAACUGCUCUCUUCAUCUGCUCCAACAUUGCUCUGGCCUUGUACGUUCGCAGGUUUGGUUUCCAGUGUCUCAACUGCCAGCCAAGAAGCAGAAACACCAGUCACGAGCUGCAUUUUGAUAGCGACUCUGUUGAUGUGAACUACCUGGGGAGUGGACAGGGUCGGGAGAAGCCAGUGGCCCACCUCACGGGCCUGAGAGGCUGGAAUGUGAGCGACGAGGAGCAGUUCCAGGCCCUGGACUGGGCCUUCGAGACGGGUGUGGCUUACUCCAACAUGGCCUACGCCGACGGACACCUGUGGAUCCCGCAGAGCGGCCUGUACUACGUCUACUCCCAGGUGGCCUUCUACCUGCCCUCGUGCCAGGAGCUGAGGGGGCGGGGUGCCAGGGCAGCUGCCACCGUCCUGACCCACAACGUCUACAAGAGGGCGGACUCUUACCCCGAGCCCACCGUGCUGCUGACGGCCACCAAGUCAGUGUGUGAGGGCGGCACUGGGGACUGGCACGUCACCAUCAGUCAGGGGGCCAUGUUCGCCCUGCGGGAGAGGGACAGUCUCUUCGUCACCGUCAACAAGGUGGCCAUGGUGGUCCACGUGGAGCAGAAGACCUUCUUCGGAGCGUUCAUGUUGUGACUG